AUGGGGUUCCCCAACUGCUCAGCGCCCGACACCAUGGUGGACAUGGCUGUGGGCAUCCUGCUGGGCCUGGAGUGUGUGCUGGGCCUGAUGGGCAACGCUGUGGCACUGUGGACCUUCUUCUUCCGGCUGCGGGUGUGGAAGCCCCACGCUGUCUACCUGUUCCAUCUGGUGCUGGCCGACCUGCUGCUGGCUGCGUGCCUGCCCUUCCUGGCUGCCUUCCACCUGAACCACCGGGCCUGGGGCCUGGGCUAUGCCACCUGCCGGGCCCUGCGCUUCCUGCUGGACCUCAGCCAUGGCGUGGGGGUGGUCUUCCUGGCUGCGGUGGCCCUGGACCGCUACCUCCAUGUGGUCCACCCUCGGCUCAAAGUCAACCUGCUGUCCUCUCGUGCGGCCCAGGGGCUCUCAGUCCUGGUCUGGCUUCUGGCAGGGACCCUCACCCUUCCAGGCCUGCUGGGGAUCUCUGAAGCUGCCCAGGAUUUCCCUGAGUGCUCCAGUUUCUACCCCAGGGCAGAAGGCUCCCUGAGCGCCACCUGGCAGGAAGCUCUCUUCUUCUUCCAGUGUGGUCUCCCCUUCGGCCUCAUCUUGUUCUGCAAUGCCAGCCUCAUCAGGACUCUCCAGAGAAGACUCCGAGACCCUGAGAAGCAGCCCAAGCUUCAUCGGGCCAAGGCGCUGGUCACCGUGGUGGUGGUACUGUUUGCUCUGUGCUUCCUGCCUGGGUUCCUAGCCAGGGCCCUGACGCAUGUUCUCUGGGGCCUGGGAAGCUGUGGGUCUCUGCGGGUGAUGAUGCAUGCCCUGGACAUCACAGGAAGCCUCGCCUACCUGCAUGGCGUGCUGGACCCCGUGGUCUACUGCUUCUCUAAUCCCACCUUCAGACACUCCUACCGUAAGGUCCUCAGUACCCUCCGGGGCAGGAGGAAAGCCGCAGAGCCUCCUUGUUUCAACCUCAGGGACUCCUCUUCCUGA